CGUAUCAAAUAUGGCGCGCUCCAUGUUGGCUGCUUAUACAAAUAUAAGACCUUUAGGGGAAUUGCUUUGCAAUGGGUGGCCGAGGAUCAUUGCAAAUGACUUGAGAUGUUUAUCCACAACUCCCUGCUGUUGUAUAGCUGAAAAGCCUAAAAGGCCAGAUAACGUAUAUUUUCAAUACCGUCUCAAAGUUAAAGAUGAAGUGGACAGGUUAUAUCCAGAGAAGAGUGUUUCUGAAAAAGCAAAAAUCUAUGGAGACAUGUACAGAAAACUACCUGAUGCUGAAAAGCAGACUCUAGCUGCCAAUUAUGCCCUGUUGGUGUCCAAGUAUCAGGAGCAGAUAAAGGCGUGGAAAAACUCCCUAUCCAAGGAGGAGAUAACAAUACUAGAGAAACAAAACCAGGAGAAAGCCAAGCAGAAGAAAAAGCGCAAGAUAAAGAAGCUGCUGAAGGAGAAUGAGAAACCCAAGAGGCCAGCGGCACCUUUCUUCAUCUUCUACAAAGAACACUUACCUCAGAAAGGGGAGGGAAUUGAUGGUUACAGACAGGCAGUUGCUGAUGCUUCAGAACAGUGGAAGGGCAUGUCCGAAUCUCAGAAAAAGGUUUAUUAUGACCAGGCAGCUAAGCUGUUUGAGGACUACCAGCAUCAAAUGCAUGUCUGGGAGACCCAAAUGCUGAAAGAGGGAAAACACGAGCUUGUCCGUGCAAAAACACUUGAAAAGUUCAAUCAGGAGAAGAAGAAAAUGCAUGAAGUUGUGACAAAACAAACUGAAUCGCAGAAAAUGGACCCAGCAUCAAAAUCUAAAAAAUGAUUCUUUUUAAUGAGGGAACUUCAAAAAGUUGUUAAAAAUGAUAUAACAUGUUUAAUUGAAUUGUGCGUAUUGGUCAGGCCUUUAUCUAUAAAACAUGAAACUUUUGCAGAAACUAAUUGAGUAAUGCAACAGUUAUUUUGUUUUCAAAUGAUAUAUCUCCAACACUAGCCAAUGUUUUUACUGUGUAUUGAAAUAAGAACUUCAGUAAUUGAGUUAAGAAAUCAAAUUUCAAUUUCAGCUUAAUCAAAACACAGCUCUUUGAAAAUAUUAAUAGAGCUUGAUCAAUGCCAACAAUGAUUUAAAAAAUUAAAUAUUUAAAGCUGGUCAAUUAAGUUUAAAAGAUGGCAUCCAUGGUGGAUGUCAACCAUAGCAUUAACUGUAAAGUAUGUUGUUGCUGUCAGUGAAUGAUUAGGGUAUUGCUUAUGAGGCAAGGAUUUCUUAAUGUAUGUGCAUCACCAUCACCAUUGUUCUAAAAGAAAAGAAAAUAUUGUUAUGACUAAAAAUUGGGACUUCGAAAAGGGCAUUUUACUGUUAUACGGCAUUUUCCAAGCCAAUACAAAUGAGUGGAGGUGUUAUUUCUUGACAGAAUAAUGAAUGAAGUUGUGCUCCAACUUUGAUUAUGGUCACUAGAAUUAUUUUGUUAAAAAUGUGCUUUUGGAAUGGUGACUUAAUACUUCAUAUGGCUUUUGAAGAAAUAUAUUAUUGCUUAAAACAUAUACUGCGGGCAGAUAUCUCUGCAUGUUUUAGACAAUGAUUAGUAGGAAUACAAAAAUGCCUAUGUGUAGAGGGGGCAUAUAAAGGAACCAAUUUCAUGUAUCCUAUGCUGGUGUGCAUGAUAUUAGCCAUGUUAUAGAACUUUUUGGAAGUACUCUCAAAUAGGGAUAAUGAUGGUUUUCUCUUGCCAUUUGCAUUGAUCCUAUGUGGUUCAUAAGAGUUGCUUAUUGAUAUAGACUUUGUCAAAUGUAUUGAAAAGGGUUGUUUCCAAAUUCCUGGAUGGGAUGUCCUCAACAUGUUAGUACAGUAUUAAAGUGUUGUGUAUUCAUGUUUUGUGUUUGUUGCUGCGAACAGGUUUGUACAAGGUUUUAUGCUGACAUAAAGCUAGAUAUUUACUGUAGUUACAAAUGUAUGUACAUUAACAUACCAGGAAACCCCUGAAAUAAUGGUGAAUAGGGUAAUAUCCUACUUCGGUACUUGAUUGCAACACUUUGCUACAUAUUUAAGUCACAUUAUAAGCCUAAAGCAACAUCCAUGAUGGAAGUGAAGCACCAUUAUAAUGACAUUAAUCUUCAUAUGGUUGCAUACAAACUCCAUUGGAUAGUAUCUCACAGGCAUUUGUAUAUUCGAAAGAAAUAUUCCUUUCAAACAUUGUUAUAGAAUUUAAAUGUCAAUGAACUGAUGUAGUACUUUGUAUCACAUGUACCUGUUUGUUUUGUGGCUCAUUUUUAGAACUUGUGUUAUUCAAUAACCAGAAAUUGUAACAUGACCACAUUGUGUUCAUUUCUUUCAUAGCCUGUACUCAUGUGUCUGUUCUUUGCGCAUAUAUGAGUGCUUCCACUGUUUUAUUCCCGGUAAACAAAAAAAUAAAUUCUGCAUUAUUUGUGAUGCCAAUGCCCUAUCUCUUUCAUUCUCUGAAUAUUUCAAAAGGUGUCAGUUCAAUUAUGAAGCCUUUGUUAUCCUUUGACGUAGACAAGCACUGUUAUUUUUGUUUUAUCACUUUUUUUUUUUGUUUAAAGCUAGAAAUCUCAGGAUUAGACUUCAAGCCAGCAUAUAUUAAGCAUGUCAUGUAUAACUCCAGCCCACUUCAUAUUUUUAUACCUCCUUUAUAUCUCUAUAUAACACAUAGUAAGCUACAGCACGCAUCAUUUUGAACUGUAAGCAGCUGUACCACUGUUGCUAGCUGACGGUAACCAUGUUCAAGAGUGGUCAGCCACUAUGUUUCAGCGGCACCUUAAGUGGAUAUUGAAAGAGUGUACAUGUGCAUGUAUUUACGUAUUGCUUAUGUAGAUUGUGUUGCUGUGUGUUUAAGUGUGUGUCGGGCAUUAUAAUAAAAUGAAACAUUC